ACCUAUUAUCACUCGACUCUGACGAAUACCUUCUCUCCUCUCUAUUCAAGCUGGUCAAUCAAUCCAGGACCCAACUCGCUGGGACUUCAUGACCUGCAAUCAAGCUGUCACUCAUCAAGCUUCACUUGAGCUAUAAGGACAGGGGUAGCCAGGAGGAGCGGAAGCGCCCGGGGCCACAAUUUCCGGCGACCAUGGAGCAAGACUCGGGACUGUUCACAGAGUUUUCCGCGUGUGUGACAUGCGGAACACUGUGGAAACGAGAAUGGAAGGGUGGCGAGGCUGAGAAGUUUGAGAUCGUCGCCAAGCGGUUAAAGCGCGAGCCGCACCUCACGGACCCUCCCAAUGGCCACCGUGUGGUGUUCUGGCGCUGCCACACCUGCGGAGCUGAUCACAUGGACGACGAGUGGGCUUCGCUGCUCGCCACCGUUGGCGUGCGUGAGGGAGGCCCUGCGCCCGGCCCCGGAGGCCGGGGUGGGAAUCCGUUCGGAGCCGGUGGAGCGCCGUCCAUCUCGCCGCCGCAGCUUCUGCGGCCCCCGCGUUAGGCUGGAAAGGACUACAGGUGUGAGACACCAGCAUCCCUGCUGUGUAUCGCGGGGCAGCAGGGCAGCACGUUCGUUCCAUGACGUGUGCCUCAGCACCACCAACAGGCGCGAUGUGACUCGCGCACCAGAAUGGCCUACCGCAUUGGUUCUGCAAUCAUGGAGCGGCGUAGCUAAGACGUGAUCCAUAUCUAUUGCGGCUGAUGCCAAAGAGUUCAGUUUGUGCACACCAUGAUAUCAGGGGACAGCGGUUAACACUACGGGCCGGACAAGGACCGGACAGUGACGCCGGCAAACGAGCGAGUUGCGUGGUCAUGACACUUGGAGGCGUGGUGCCUGCAAGAGAUUCCUGAUGAAUGGACUAUAGCUCCUUGACUUUGGGAGCUGUUUCUGUAAUACGUUGACGCA